CCAGCCCUGGCUGCUCCUCUCUCCUCUGAGUUAGGAGCUCCUUUCUGAGCAGCCAGAAUAUUGUGGAGAAGCUACGCUGUCGCCCGGCCAUGCACCCCGGGGUGCCUGCAGUCCCUGCAGUCUCUGAACCCAGCCCCCGGGAACUGUGUGCCUUCGUGAGCGGGGCCACUACCCACAUGCUGCGCACCCUGCACCCCCGGCGGACCCGGCCCCCCAAAAGGAGGCCCAACCACAGGAGGUUUCUGCACAACCAGAUCUGCAGGCAGUUUGCCAAGAUUGAAGCUGCCACCCAGGAGCUGGCCCUGUCUAUCCUGUCCCAGGAGGCACCUCCACAGAGACCUCCGCCCCGAAGACCACCCCCACCGCCUCCAUCCCCCUUCCUGGGGGUGGCCUGUGCUGUGGCUCCCACCGAGGCACCCUAUGCCAGCCCCAGCCUGAGCCUCGCGGCCUUGGACGCCUCCACCCUCGACCUCUUUGAUGAUAUUGCACUCACCCCAGAGUGUCCCUCAGUGCCAUCUGAGUUGUCCUGCUGCACUGGGGGCCAACCAGACCUGAGGCAGCCUUCACAUUUCUAUAAUCCCCCACCCCCUCCCUCAAAUGCCCUGGAGGGUGUGGACGGGCCCUGGGCUUCUGAGGGGGAUUGGGUGGGCAGGUGGGAGGUGCCCUGUGCCUGCCAUUCUCAGGGAAUCCCUGAGGGUUGGGGGACCUACUCCCCAUAAGUUCAACCACGACCCAACCCAGGCCCAUCGCCCCCAGACAAAUCAGAGGCUACCCUUACAAUAGCUCAACAGCUGCCCCCAAGAGCCCCUGCCCCGUCCACUCCCCUCCUGGCAACUCCUAGGAGCAUAAGCCAUCCCCAGACUCCUCCCACCUCAGACCACAUCUUCUGCUCACCCAGGUCCCCCAACUCUGCCUCUGCCAGGGUGCCCCCUUACACUCUCCCUCCCCCACCUUCUCCCUCUUUCGUCCCAGCCCCAUCUCCGCAGUGUCUGCUGCUCCAGCCUCCUCACCUUGGCUCAUUUCUGCCUAAUGUCUGGUCUUGCCUCAUUUAUUCCCAAAUAUAUACCGAACACCCACCAUGUGUCAGGCCCCAUCUAGGUGCUGAGGAU